AUACAAAUUGAUGAGAUUGUGAAUUAAUAGGCACAAAUAAAAAAAAUUUAGUUAAUAAUAAUUGAAUUAAGUUAGAAAAAGUAUCACAUUUAAAUAAACUGGUAUGUAAAAAAGAAUCAAUCUUACAAAAAUUUCAUGUAAUGUAAAUUGAUGAGAUCAACAAAAAUUUAGUUAAUAAUGUCGGAAUAUUUAUUUAAACUUAUAUCAUGAGAGACUUAUGUAAUGAGUUAGUUUAAUGGAUACAUAAAAAAUAUUAUCUCUCUUUGGAGUUUGUCUAACGGCUUAGUCAUUAACACUUAUGUUCUAAUUUUUUAAGUUAUAAUUAAAAAAUCAUUAUUUCUCUAAAAUAUUUUUUUAAUAUAUUAAUUUAUGUUGGUGUUACAUAAAUAUUCUAUGGUGUGUGUCCAAAUGAUAAAAUCAAGAUAUGAAAAGUUCACAUUAGUCGAGCUACAAUUGAAAAGUUAAUUUACAUUGCAAUACUUUUGUGUAAUGCAAAUCGACGAGGUGAUGAACAUUGUAUCUAAUUAUAAGUUUUACGUAAUGUACGCAAAUCUUCCAUAAAUUGAAAUGGGAAAUUGUUGAGAUAGCUGUGUAAAGAUUAAAAAAAAACUUAUGGUGAAAUGGAGCGUAGAAGAUGGGAAAAAAUUACAUAAACAACUCACUGUGCUGAUAAAGAGCUUAUGGUAAAAUUGUUCGUAACAUGUGCGUUAAUAUAUCUAAUAAUAUUUACCUAUGAAGUAGUUAUGCCAUAUAUGCACGCACUUAUUCCAACUAAUUAUCCGUUCUCCAAGUCCCUAUCGAGUUGGACAUAAAGGGUUGGCUUUCAAACUGAUUUGGUUAUCAUUGAGUGUUUGAUAGGUUGUCUGUCUAUUGUUCUUUUUUGCUGCGUGUAUUGGUAGAAUUUUAUCCCCCUUAUAAUUUGAGAGUUGUUGGCUAAUUGUAUAAGGUAGUUAUAUGUUGGUCAUAUGCAUAAAACCUUUAUUGUUAUUCUUAUCUUACGAAGCAAUAGAGUCCUCUGUUCUAUGGAUGCUUCUAACCAUAACAGGUAAGUUCAUCUCCAAUCAGAUUCAAUGCUUGUGAUAAUAAGUUAAUCUCCUAUUCAAACUCAUGAAAUCAUUUUGUUCACUUUCAGGUUGAUUUUCUGGGGUUGAUGUUACCAUGGAGGAGAGAGUUAACUUGAAAGUAAGUUUUGGACAUACUACAAGUUAUGUGAAGGAGAACAUUUUGGAGAGUGUUAUAAUUGUAGUCAAACAUGAAUGCAUAUUUAGAGACUUUGACUCACUAUAUUAUUUAUUACUGAGAAACCAUUUCUUAGUUAAUUACUUACUCAAUAGUAUACAAAUCGUCAUCUUCUAAUCCAUAGCCUCAUUGACUAGCGAGUAUAAAUUUCCAAAAACUGUUUUGUUGGUUUGUCUAGACACUUGUGUAUAUCAAGCUUUGUGUCAUUGCCUGAAUGCAAGGAUGUGGAUCUCCACAAACUACUAUUCUACUCCAUUUGCUGGUAGAUUCUCAGCAAAGAAACGGUUGGAAAUGGAGAUGCGAGAAGAGAAUUGGACAAAGAAGGUGGUAAAAUCACACAAAUGUACAACAAAUUUUGUCGAGAAUAGGGAUCCACUUCUGAUAAGACCCAAGAACUCCAAGGCCCAAUUUGAGGUGAAACCGCAUGAGAAGAUUAAGAUGGAAGAAAACAAGAACAAUAUUAGUUAUUUGAAAUAAUUAUUAAGGAAGGCUGGACCAUUCGUAGGUUCGUUCCGUUGGUUAAGGUUAUCUAAAAAAAAAAUCUACAAUGGUGUUGAAUAAACAAAAUGUAACUCAUAAUAAAUUAUUGUAAAAACAAAAAGAAAAACCACAAAUGUUGUGAGAGAGUUUUAUAACAAUUCACACUCGCUGGCUAACGCGGCUAUGGAUCAUCAGAAUACGAUAUACAUACUAUUGAGUUAAAAAAUAUGUUUGAUUUGGAAAUCGACAAAUACUAAUUAUACGAUUUUAGAAAUUUUGCAUUUGAAAUGGAAAAUAUAUAAAAAAUCUUUUAAUGCCAGCAAAGAAAAAAACUUAAUUUUCUAUAAACUCUCAAUUGAAAAGUAAAAAAGAUGAGAAAUAGAAAAUAUGAAAAAAUCAAUAAAAGCAUAGGUGAAAGGCGAAAGAAAGUAGCUAUUGGUUUUGUCUAUUCCGAUACUGUCCACUUUUAUCCUCUUUGAUGGGGAAUGAGGGAUUUUCUCGUUAUCUUCAUAUUUGAGCUCGAACAAGAAAGAUAUGAGUAAGAAUACAAAAUUAAUACGAACAAAAAUGGAGCUUUAGCAAAUAAUAACAAUAAAAUAAAAAUGAAAGUGAAAAGAAAUUACAAAAUGUUAACAUGGCCAUAUGGGUACAUACAUGAUAAAAUCUUGGCUAGCACAAAAAAUUAUAGAUAUAAAAGAAAUAAAAAAAAAACAAAAUGUUAACAUAUGAGUCUAAAAGAGAUAUAAGAGGUAAAAGAAAUAAAAGAGAAAAUGAUGUAAAAUAUGUUAAAAGAAAUAAUAAGAAGAAGAAGGAACCAAUAAAAAAUUAACAUAUGGGUAAAAGAAAUAAAGGCAAAAAGAUGAAAAGUAUGUUGCCCUUAGAAGAACACAUCUAAAUUUGAAAAUAGAAAGAAACUUAUGAAGUAUUUAUAUGAUAUAUCUACCUUUGAAGUAUUUAUAUGAAAUAUCUACCUAGUGAAAAAUGGAAAACUUCUCCAAUCCGACUUUGAUUUCGAUCGAUACAGAAAAUAGAAAACAAAAAGGAAAUUUAUCAGGCAUGAGAAUAGAGGUUGAAAUGAAGAAAAAAAGAGAUUACUCUGUGGUGACCAAUGUGAACAUUCAUUCUCUCCCUCUCUCAACCCACUCACUCUCACUCUAUUCGCGUCACCUCUUUUUCCUCCCUCUGCCCCAUUUAUUUCCCCUUCCCCUCACGAAUAUAAUCAGGUGAAACUUUCUCUCUUUUCAGAAUACAUAAGUUUGCCCUUUUCAUCCACUUCGCAUUUUCUUUUAAUAAACUCCAAUGGGCCAAAUUUGAAAGGAAGAAGUCGACAUCCAAAGAAGAGGCAAGAUGGAAAUGGAUGAAGGUGAUUCACACUUCUCGGAUACUAGAUGGAAUGAAUUUUUUUUUAUUAUAAAAAACGAAUAAUAUUUUGCUAUGAUACCAUGUUAAGAAGUUUGAUCGAUGAGCUUGGCAGGGGCUUGAUCGAAGAAAUUGAAUUGGAAGAGGGGGAACCAAUCAAUAGAUUUUUGUUGAAUGAACCGAGAAAUUUACA